AACGGCCUAUGCACAAAUGUUGAGAAAACUAGCUAGAUGGCGUAAAACUAGAUCGUCAUGAACCGGUUCUUUUCUGAAAAAGACCCGAGACGCGGCAUGAGAUGGGAUUUAGGCAUUUAGCCUCACCAUUUCAAAUAAAGUCUGCCACUUAUGAAAUGUGAACCCAGUCUCCAAAAAUCCUCUCUUCAAUGUACAUUAUUUUAUUUGAGAUUAUAAUUGAGUACAACGUUAUAUAGGCAAAAAGAGGCAAUUGCAAAGAUGAUAGGUGCAGUUUUCUUGGUCCUCAUCGUGACCAUGACCAAAUUGGCCGGCGGCGGGGCGCAGCUGAAGGUGGGCUUCUACGACGAGACCUGCCCCAACUUCGAGUCCAUCGUCGGCGGCGUAAUCCGGGACGUCGCCGCCACGAACCCCAACAUUUCCCCGGCCCUGCUCCGCCUCCACUUCCACGACUGCUUCGUCCACGGGUGCGACGGGUCGAUACUGGUGGACAACGGGGCGGCGUCGGAGAGGCACGCGUUUGGGCACCAAGGGGUCGGCGGAUUUGAGGUGAUUGAGAGGGCCAAGGCGGAGGUGGAGGCCGUCUGCCCCGGCGUUGUUUCUUGUGCCGAUAUUGUCGCCUUGGCCGCCCGAGAAGCCGUCGUCUUGACAAAUGGGGCGUCGUACGAGGUGGAGACGGGAAGAAGGGACGGAGCGGUGUCAAAUUUGACACUGGCGGAUGACAUGCCGGACAUUGAUGAUUCCAUCCAGACACUCAAGGACAAGUUCCUCAACAAAGGACUUUCCAAUAAAGACCUUGUCCUCCUCAGCGGUAAUUACUAAUAAAUUUAUUUCCAUAAUUAAUUUCUUUUUUACCCUCUCUCUCAUGAAACUUCUGUGGGAUUCACUUAGAACCAAGUGGGUGGACAAGCCAAGUGAUAUGAACAAACUAAAACUAUGCAUUCCUUUAAUUUCCACGUUCCAAACGCAGCCUUGCCAGAUGUGGAGUAUAAAUAUAUAAACAGAUGAGGAUAAAACACCAUAUUCAUAUAAAGUCCAGUAGCUUAGCUUAGCUGGCUGGCUAGCUAAUUCGUGUUGUUUUGAAUUUUUCCCUCAAGAAGUUAAUAUUCGUGUGAUUUUCGUCAGAGUUUUGAUUUAUUGUCACUUAUACAGUUAUGACAAUAAAUGAUCCUAACCCCA